GGAGUUUGUUGUUGAAGAAGGAUCUCCCCUUUCCUUAUCAAUGACUCAUGAAAGCUAUGCUAAUAUGUACGGUCCAACCACUGGUGAUAAAAUUCGGCUGGGGGACACUGAUUUACUUGCAGAAAUUGAAAGAGAUUAUGCUGUGUAUGGGGACGAGUGCGUAUUUGGUGGUGGAAAAGUUCUGAGGGACGGAAUGGGGCAGGGUUCUGGAUUUCACUCACUUGAUUGUUUGGACACUGUAAUUACAAAUGCUGUGAUAAUUGAUUAUACAGGAAUUUAUAAAGCUGAUAUAGGCAUAAAGCAUGGUAAUAUUUUUUCGAUUGGGAAAGCAGGAAACCCCGAUGUCAUGGAUGCACUCGACAUGAUUAUAGGA